AUGGAUGAGUGGAAAAUGGAUGCGAUAGUUUGUGACAAGCCUCCAGUGCAAAUCCCUGACCUCCGUCUUACUUUCACAGUGCGGCUGUUACCACCUUUCUCUCUCCAGGAGGCUGAGGUAGGCCUCAUUACGAAUGAGCUCUGCAAUCUCUUAUUUGUGCAAAGAACUGGUAGGGACCACUUGGUGCAGGAGGAGAUGCUGUGUGUUGGGAAUUUCUCUACAGGAAAUUCCAUCUGCGAGGGUGAUUCUGGGGGUCCCCUUGUCUGCCUGCAACCUGGGGCCUGGGUCCUGGUAGGCCUGGCCAGCUGGGGUUUGGACUGCAGGCAUCCCACCUUCCCCAGUGUCUUCACCAGGGUCACCUACUUCACUGACUGGAUCAGCACCAUCAAGAGGCCCACUCCUGUUCUGGACUCACUUCCAGGUUCUCCUCCCGGGGACUUUCUGCCCCCGCCUCUGACAGCUACAGGCUCGCGCAAGACUCACAGUGUCCCUAGGCCAGCACAGACCUGCCUCCUGCUGCCCUUCAUGCUUCAGGCCCCACAGCAGGCCGGGGGCUGACAACUCGAUCCACUUACAUUCUCUCUGUUCAGGCCUCAGGGGCUGUGCUGCAGCCUCCCUUUUGCCAACCCAUUGGCAAUAAAUGAAGGUGUGAAGGGAGGGCAGGGGUAUGGGAAAAAAAUAAGAACCAAGACAUAACAUGUGAAGGUACAAGAUCCCAAUGAUAAAUGUAGCUGUAUUGUUUGCUUUAAAUGUGCCAAUAAACAACUCUGACUCCUGCCCUAA